AUGGACCAAACAGAACCUCUCGAUGCCCGAGAUCUUAUGCUGGAAGAGUACCGGCUUAACGAGAUUGACAAGAGCUAUACCGACGCCCGUGAUCGCCAUCUAUCGACCAUCGAUAGGUGCAUAUCCAACACCCAGACGGCACUGUACCGCAUUUCGGCGGACAUCAAAGCCAGAGAAACUGGGCAACUGUCGAGGCGGCUACAUCAAUACACUGCAUUCGCGCGAAAUGGCCUUGCCCAGAAACUGGCACAGGACUCCCUCAAGUACUUUGUCAAUAAGUACGGUGUCAACCUCGCGGCAUACCAGCAUGAGUCAGAUGUGAAGGGCAUUUCGGCUCUGACCAACAUACGACGAAUUAACCAAGACGAGGUCGAGGGAAUGGAUUUUAUCUUCCGCUACCCAAGUGUUGGCCCAGGUUAUUUCGUCGUCCGAUGUGACCGCCGGGAAGAGAUUCACCGUUUCGAGAGGAACCCCUUUCUACCAGCAACCGGGCCUGGUCAGAAAGGCCUCAGCCGGCUGGUCAGCCACUUCAACCUCGUCAGUAUGAGAUGUCAUCUGAGAGAAGACGCGCGGUUGUUGAGUGCCGAUGAGAUUGUUAGAACGUUUGGCUACAGAGUUGUCGACCACGACGACAACGACGUCGACACCAACUGGGUCGAGCGCAGCAACACCCGCCUGAUCAGCAACAAUGCGAACACCAACACCAUCGCCAUCACCGACACCGACACCGACACCAACAACCACACGACCGACGACACCACCACCGACACUACCACCGACACCGACACCGACACUAGCACAAACACAACCACCAACAGACACAUCGACAACAACAUCAGCAGCAGCAGCAGCAGCAGAUGGAGUCCCCCCCGUCUAAGAACCCGACAGAGAAACAGAGCCACCGCUGCAGCCGCCGCACCCCCCACCACAGCCAUACGCAAAACCCCCAGGGCUAAUACGAGAAAGCGAAAGACGCCAGCUACUGCUGCUGCUGCUUCUUAUCUGCAUGCGCAGGCGGCUGCCCCUGCCCGCGCACACCGGCCUUCCUGCCCUGGUUCUCCGUUCUGCUCGUUUAUGGAGAUGGAGGGAUGA